GUUGUUUGGGUGAGAUAGCGGACCGGUCCUUCAGUCGUGACCUAUGCUUGACCACCGUCUAUAAAUAGUAGUUGAGGAUCGACUCCGCAGCUUCUAUCAUUUUAAGUGUCAAGGUCUUGUAUCUUCUCUUUUCUUGGCGUUGAUUUGACGACUUGAAAAAUUAUGAAAAGAAUUCUACUCGCCUUUCUUGCAUGUGUACUUAUUCAAGUGUCACAUGGCUGGGCAUGUUCGAGGAAAGGGAUUGAAUGCAUAGCUUAUGAAGUAAUUACGAAGAAUCCUGAAUUUGAGGAAAGGCAGUAUCCUGCUACAGUGUGGAUAAGUGCAAAGGAAACCGGUCCAUCGUUAUCUAGAGCUCAGAUCAAUUUGUACAAAAAAUUAUUCCGAUACAUUCAAGGGGCUAAUCUGCAAGACGCUUUUAUCAACAGUACAACUCCAACAAGAACAAAAGUUGUUCCGUGUAAGGACGAUUCAAUGUGUGAACCUACUUACACAAUGUCUUUAUUGAUACCGAACGGCAUGUAUGAAGAUCUCUUACCUAUCCCAACAGAUGUCGAUCUCUUCUUCGAAAGAGAGCUUCCUAAGAGAUAUGUUGUCAGGAGUUUCGGAGGUCGACCAAGUGAGUCUAAAUGGAUAACAGAAGCACAAAUAUUAGCAGAUCUGACAUCAAAAGAUACAGCAGUAGCUCGUGAUCAUUAUUAUCUUAACUGGUAUGACCCUCCCCUUCAGCUUUUCAACCGCCUCAACGAAAUUUGGAUAACCAAGACACCCAACAAGAAAAUGAAAGACCAACACAAGGAAAUCAGAGAUCAAAACAGCUUAAAUGAAGUUUGCUAGGCUGAGCACUCUUUCACUUACAGUACAGAAAUAGUGUUGUAUUCGUCAAGUACUGUUAUAUAUCCAAGAGACAAAGAUGAUAAUAUUAUUUAAAUUCCGUACCUGUAUUCUAACUCAUUCGUGAGCUUUUGAGUAUAUUUUAGCUAUUUUACUGAAUAAUAGGAUGAGCAAACUUAUUUAAUUUGUUAUAAGUUUUGUGAUAAAGUAUAAGACUUCCAGUCUUAUCUUUUCUUAUUGUGAUAAUGCUUUAGUUUUAAACCAUACUUUGUUCUGUAAUUCAUUCUUAACAUUCAUAUUUUUACUUACCAUACUUAUGUUGGAAAAACUAUGUUUUUUCGUUUUUUUGAACCAGAAGAAACAACUAUUACAGAAAAGAAAAAAUAUUAGUACUUAGAAUGUUUUGUCAUUCUUGUUUAUUGAAUCAUGAAGUUUUUUGUCCCACCUUGUUUAUUUAUUUUUUUUAUCUUUUGUGUAUUUUAUUAUUAUAUUUGUGUCUUUCUAUUUAUUUUUAACCUUGAAAAAUCAAAAUGCGGGUCAUUUGUGUAGAAUUCAUUGA